AUUUAUUAAAGCUCUCUCUCACUCACUCCAACUACGACGCUUUCUCUCUCUAGAAGUAAAGCACCUCAACUCAACUUCUCCUCGAAUCUCCCUCUUUCAGAGAGAGUGUGUGCGCGCGUCGUCACCAAUUUUCGGUUAACGGAUUCGUUCUUUUCUUCACCAAUUCAAAGCAUCUUUUUCUCGGUUCGGUGAAUUUUUCACGCUUUUCUUCAUAAUGUGAUGUGAUCGGUGACUGAUUUGUUCUCGUUAUGGCUGCGAAUUCAUCGUUCGAAGGUAUUGCUCUUGAUCCUUCUAAAUGUAGUAAAUUGAGUAUGGAGGAAAAAAGAGCGCUUGUAUAUGAAAUAUCUAAUGAUGGUGCAUCCGAGGUGCUGCAGUCGUGGAGCCGUCAAGAGAUUUUGCAAAUCUUGUGUGCUGAGAUGGGAAAAGAAAGGAAGUAUACUGGGCUGACAAAGUUGAAAAUUAUCGAAAAUCUUCUGAAAAUUGUUUCUGAAAAGAAAUCAGGCGGCCAUGAUAUUGCCACAGACCCUGAAUCACAUUCUUUUCCAGCAACUGGCCAGAAACCUGCUAAAAGGCAGAGAAAAACUGAGAAUCCAUCUCGAUUGGCUGCUCCUGAAAACAAUGUUAUAGUCAAUAAUGGUGGUGAUGUGAGUAACAAUACAACUUACUGCAAAAACUCCGCAUGCAAGGCUACCCUAAAUCAAGGAGAUGCAUUUUGUAAAAGAUGUUCAUGUUGUAUUUGUCAUCAAUAUGAUGACAACAAAGACCCUAGCCUGUGGCUAAUAUGCAGUUCUGAAGCUCCAUUUCCUGGUGUUUCCUGCGGCUUGUCAUGUCACCUUGAGUGUGCUUUAAAACAUGAUGGUUCUGGAAUUGGCAAAGACGGUGAACGCACCAAACUUGAUGGAAACUUCUACUGUGUCUCUUGUGGGAAAGUAAAUGACUUACUCGGAUGCUGGCGAAAACAAGUGAUGGUAGCAAAGGAUGCUAGACGUGUGGACAUACUCUGUUAUCGUGUCUCCUUAAGCCAAAAACUUUUGAAAGGGACAGAAAAGCAUGUAGAACUUUAUAAAAUUGUUGAUGAAGCAGUGAAGAAACUUGAACCUGAAGUGGGUCCACUGACUGGCUCACCAUUGAAGAUUGGUAGGGGGAUUGUGAACAGGCUUUCUUCAGGACCCGAGGUUCAGAGACUCUGCGGUGUUGCUCUUGAAUCACUUGAUUCAAUACUUUCUAGAAGGUUCUUGCCUCCAUCACCCAAUCAAACUAUUCAAGAUGCAAGUUUACUAACUCCAAAUAUAAAUAUGGUAAAGUUCGAAGAUGUCACCGCAACAUCCCUCACUGUUCUUUUGUGUUUGGAAGAUUCUUCUGGAGAAAAUAAUGCCGGUUACGCCGUGUGGCAUCGUAAAGCCGGUGAUGUGAACUAUCCAUUGGACCCGACUUGCACAACUCUCCUACCAAAUAGAAAGCUGAGCAUCAGGGAUCUACUUCCAGCUACAGAAUACAGUUUGAAAUUUGUUUCCAAUGAUUUGAGGAAGUCACGUAUGUGCGAAGUUCAAGUCUCAACAGAGCAUGGUGAGGAUGACGUCCCAAAUUGCUCAGCAACGGAAAGAAGUCAGAGCCCAGUAACCAACUGUAGCAGCCUUUCCAAUCCCUCAUCUGUGGAAGAUGAAACUAAUCAUAGCGACCAGACUGAUAAUCGAUCAGAUAAUUAUCCUUCUUAUCACAAGGAUAGUGACCAGCUUGCUUCUGGUAAUCAAUCAAAUGAUGUUAUUAAUUGUUCCAAAUUGGGUGGAGUGGGACUUCCCACCGAUACAGAUUCCUUGUCAGACAAGCAAGCUGCUGUGGGAAUGACUAGCAACACAAUACCUAGUUCAGAUGUACUAAAGCUUGAAAACAAGCAUUCACAAGAGGAACAAGUAACUGAGGACAUAAGCACUGAUGAUGGGUCAGUUCCAACGGGAAGGGAGUGUGUGCCGUUAGUAGGUUGCUCAGAAGGGAGCUUGCCUAAUACUCCCAGCAGGUUGGAAAUACUUAAAGAUGGUCUAGGAAAAAGAGGUAGAUCCAAAUUCAGUAGCAAAGAUCUAGAAAAAGGACCUGGGAAAAGGAGUGGCCCUCGAGAUGGAAGCAAACCCAAGAAGAGAAGUGGUGAAAGGAAAAACGAGGGCUGCGAGGCUAAUGGUUUUCCAGAGCGGGAUCUUGAGUAUUAUGUGAAGGUGAUUAGAUGGUUAGAGUGUGAAGGACACAUUGAGAAGAACUUCAGGCAGAAAUUUCUGACAUGGUACAGCUUAAGAGCAACCCCUGAAGAAAUAAGGAUUGUGAAAAUAUAUGUAGAUACAUUUCUUGAAGAUCCAGCUUCUCUUGCAGAGCAACUUGUGGACACCUUCUCCGAAUGCAUGUCAAACAAGAGAUCAUCAGUACCCGCAGGGUUCUGCAUGAAGCUUUGGCAUUGACCAGAUUUGAAGCUCUCCUGGGUUGUGCUGAAAUAAUUAUUUAGAUUGAUGACAUUCUUCAUUUAGAGAGUCAUCAAAUAUAUUUAUUUCAACAUUAUCAUUCAUAUUGUUGUUUUAAGGAUUUUAGAUUUACUUAAAUUAUACAAUUAUUACUAUUUCAAACUGAUAAAUUUUCAGUGAAUAACAUUGAAGGGUUUAUGCUGAAAUGACUAGCAUGUAGUUGUGGUCGAAGUAGACAAUAAUGUUCUUUUAGAUUUACAUAAGUUAUACAAUUAUUACUAUUUCAAAUUGAUAUAUUUUUAGUGAAUAA